UGUGUGUGAGUGUGUGUAUUUUUUUUUUUUUUGGUCCAUUGUGAUUUCUGCUUGAUAAUGUCAAUGUCGGGUAAUCGUGGUGGUAAAGUGAUUUUUUGGCUCUUGGCCAUCAUCUGCUUUUGGCCAAUCCGUAACGAAGCCAUACCCAAUGAUAUAUAUAUGAAAAUGUUUGCCAUGCCACCGGCCGAGGAUCCAUGCUAUAAUGAUGAGAAUGCUCGUCUAUGUAUUCCUGAUUUUGUGAAUGCCGCCUACGAUGCUCCCGUGGUGGCCAGCAGCACAUGCGGUGAGGAUCAACCGCAAAGAUAUUGCGAAUAUACACAGGAUGCACAGGAGAUGUCAUGCCAGAGUUGUGAUGCACGCAGUUUGCAGAAAAGUUUCUCGUCACGUGCUCUAACCGAUUUGAAUAAUUCCAAUAAUGUAACCUGCUGGAGAUCGGCACCCAUUGCACCAAAUACCAUGGCAACGAGUGGCGAUAAUGUCACAUUGACUUUAUCGCUGGGUAAAAAAUACGAAUUGACCUAUGUGAGUUUACAAUUUUGCCCCAAAGCGCCACGACCCGACUCAUUGGCGAUAUAUAAGAGCUCCGAUUAUGGUCACAGUUGGCAACCCUUUCAAUACUAUAGCUCACAGUGUCGACGGGUCUAUGGCAAGAAUAGUCGCAUGCAAAUCACAAAGCACAACGAACAGGAGCCACGUUGCAGUGAUCCUCAUCGUCAGGGCAUAACCUCGAGAAUUGCAUUUAGUACCCUAGAUGGACGUCCAUCGGCCAGAGAUUUGGACUCAUCACCGGUUCUACAGGAUUGGGUAACAGCCACCGAUAUACGAAUUGUUUUCCAUCGUUUGCAACAACCGCCAACGGCAAUUCAACAACAACAGCAGCAGCAGCAGCAACACCAUCAAAUCUCUGCCGAUGCCAUUGAUGUAGCUGGAGGUGAUCUCAAGUCUCAAGUCCCAUCGAAAUAUAAUCAAUUGAUGGGCAAUAAUAUUGAACAGAUUGCAACAAGCAAUAAUCCUGCUGCUGGUGGCCUACAUUAUGCUGUCUCUGAUUUCUCUGUGGGCGGUCGUUGCAAAUGCAAUGGUCAUGCCUCAAAAUGUUCACCGGAUGAGACAACUGGACAAUUGAGCUGCGAAUGUCGUCAUAAUACAGCUGGACGGGAUUGCGAAAGAUGCAAACCCUUUCAUUUUGAUCGUCCCUGGGGCAGGGCUACGUCUCGCGAUGCCAACGAAUGCAAAAUGUGCAACUGCAACAAGCAUGCCCGUCAAUGUCGCUUCAAUAUGGAAAUCUUUCGACUCUCGCAGGGUGUCUCUGGUGGCGUCUGUCAGAAUUGCCGACACUCGACCACAGGGCGAAAUUGCCAUCAAUGCAAGGAGGGCUUCUAUAGGGAUCCCAGCAAGCCGCUAACUCACCGCAAGGUGUGCAAAGCCUGCGCAUGCCAUCCGAUUGGUUCAUCUGGCAAGAUCUGUAAUAGCACCAGCGGUCAAUGUCCCUGCAAGGACGGUGUCACUGGUUUAACCUGCAAUCGCUGUGCCCUCGGCUAUCAACAGAGUCGUUCACACAUUGCACCCUGUAUCAAGCAAUCACCGCGUAUAACCAAUAUGCUGGACACACAGAACACAGAGCCGGAGACGCCCGAUUAUGAAUCAUCACCAGCAGAAAGAGGAGGAGGAAUGGCGGCAUCAGCAUCAUCGCCAUCUUCUUCUUCAAUGACCGCCGCCGCUCAAUCUCAAUAUUAUCGCAACGAGGGCGGCAGGGAUUGCGGCAGAUGCAAAAUAAGCACCAAAAGGUUAAAUCUCAACAAGUUUUGCAGAAGAGAUUACGCAAUAAUGGCCAAAGUGAUUGGUAUCGAUACGAGCAGCGAGGCGGCAGCAGCAGCAAGUCGCGCAAUGGAUACCGACGCGGAUUACGAAAUGGAUCAGCAGGUGGAUCAAACGGGGUCGGAGGUCAACAGCAACAACAACAGCGACAACAACGAAAUGGUUCGCUACGAUCUACAAAUUCAGGCCAUAUUCAAGCGUACCAAAAUCGCGACGAAAGGGAACGCCGCCGUCUAUGGAAUGCCGAGUACAAUGCUAAGACGAGGUCCUAUGACCUGGAUCAUACCAUUUAAGAGUCUCGAGUGUCGUUGUCCCAAAAUCAAAGUGAACAGAUCCUAUUUGAUAUUGGGACGUGAUAACGAGGCCCAGCCAGGUUAUUUGGGUCUAGGACCACAUUCGAUUGUUAUCGAAUGGAAAGAUGAUUGGUAUCGGCGCAUGAAACGUUUUCAGAGACGAGCACGUUCGUGCGCGUAACUUUUCCCUACUUUCUUCCCAACUUUAAUUAUAACUCUAGCUCUUUUCUUGAAAUCUCAAUCUGUAGUUCUCGAUCUUUUUACCCCUAUUUAUAUUAUAAGGAUCAGAAAUCAAAUCAAUUUCAUUUUUUUUUUCUAUCUCUCUAUCUUCUCCCUUGUGGUAAUCUUAAGAGCUACCUUAGCGGUAUUUAAUUUAUUAAAAUUAAUUUUAAUUGUUAACACCAAGCAUCUAUCUAUACGUAAAAAUUUCAAUCUAUCUAUAUAUAUAUAUAUAUAUACCUAUAUAUAUGAUUUGUAUUAUUUUAUCCAAUAAGACUCCACUCCUAAACAAAAAAGAAAUGCAAAUAUUUGCCACUUACACAGUCUCAGCAAUAGAAAAAAACAAACAAACAGAAAGAAGCCCAAAAAAAAAACAAGCAAUAAUUGUAAGCAAAACCAACAACUGAACAAAUAAAUCAAUAAUAAAUAGAUA